UGCUGACUACCUCUUAACAGAGAGCUACCUACUUAUUGAAGUGUGUCUCGAAUCAAUGUCGGAAAUUGCUGAGGUGACUGUCUGUCAUUCCCGUAAGUGACGGACAAAUUCCUACCGCUGCAUUUCAAUCAGGCGAUAUCCGACAUAUAUUUUGCUGGGUUCUUUGAUUAUUUUCAUAGUCCUAUCAAUUGAUGAUUCCGUUAUUAUCAGAAUACCAAAAAAAAAAAAAAAAACACAAAAACUGGACUUUGUUCAUCAUCAACGCUUCUUGUCACUUAGCAUAAAAUUGGCUGUCUGCAUCCCCAAAGCUCUCUACUUUCCACAGUUUCCUUCCAACCCGAAAUUGUAUUUGGAUUUUGAAGAGAGGAAAGAGCCGUGAAAAUGAAAAUCUUAGAGGUUCCAUGCUUAGAAGACAACUACUCCUAUCUGGUCAUAGAUGAAAGCACAAAAGAGGCGGCGGCGGUGGAUCCGGCGGAGCCACAGAAGGUGGUUGAAGCCGCCAAUCAGCAGGGAGUUGUUCUCAAGUUGGUUCUCACCACUCAUCACCACUGGGAUCACGCUGGUGGGAAUGAUAAGAUAAAGAAGCUGGUCCCCGGGAUUAAGGUUUACGGGGGUUCCCUUGAUAAUGUCAAAGGCUGCACUGAUCAGCUCCAAAAUGGUGAUAACUUACAACUUAGCCCUCAUAUCAACAUACUGUCUCUUCACACCCCUUGCCACACCAAGGGUCACAUAAGUUACUACGUCACUGGCAAAGAGGGAGAGGACCCUGCUGUUUUUACUGGAGAUACACUCUUCAUUGCUGGUUGCGGGAAAUUUUUUGAAGGCACAGCAGAACAGAUGUAUCAAUCACUCUGUGUAACCUUGGGUUCACUGCCAAAGCCAACUCGUGUUUUCUGUGGACAUGAGUACACAGUGAAGAACCUGCAAUUCGCAUUGACAGUUGAGCCAAAAAAUGCAAGGAUACAGCAAAAGUUAGCAUGGGCUACUAGUCAGCGACAAGCAGGUCUACCCACUAUCCCCUCAACCAUUGAGGAAGAAUUGGAGACUAAUCCAUUUAUGCGAGUUGAUCUACCUGAACUUCAGGGGAGCAUUGGUUGCCAGUCUCCUGUUGAAGCACUUCGGGAGAUUAGGCGGAUGAAGGACAAUUGGCGAGGCUAAAUGUAAGAGUUGUCUGAGAUGCGUAUUAACUACAAAGGAAGAAGCUUUUCUAAAAAAAGAAAAAAAAAACUAUGAAGGAAGAAUAAAAAAGGGACUCUCCAUCUACCUCCUUUUCUUUUUUCCUGUAAGAAUAAAACUUGUUUGCAUGGUGUUGGAAGUGGGUUGGCAGUUAUAAUUAUGUUGCCAUUGAACAUGUGAAACUGGCAUAAUCAGGUCAACCAGGGACCAAUGUUAGUUCGUGGCAUGAACUUGUGCAUGUAUUAUAAUAUUUUCCCCGUUUGAUUGUUUUCAUUUUUCUUUUCCAGUACUCUGUAAUGUAAUGCUACUGUUUACAUGCGGAGUGCCUGUAGUCCGCAGGGUAGACUUUGUUUAACAAAUUGUUUUCCAUUUGAUCCGAA